GAAGAAGUAGUUCUUAAUACUUGAGAACCCGUUUAGCCUGGUAAUCCCACUUUAUGGAGAAAUGGUCAGUGUAAUUAGUGUUUUGUUAGAAUAUGAUUCCAUGGUCUUUAGUGUUUGUUGUAUGAAAAUGGAAGUAGCCUUUCUUUGAUUGGAAAUUCAGCAUAUUCUUGUUCAAAGUAGAAAAGCAAAUACUGCGUUUUCAGCUGGAAGAUUAUUAUAUUUAACAGGCACUUAACAGGUUGCUUGGUAAAAUUGGUUGCUGAUUAGAGUGAAAUUCCACCCAGCCAUCAGUCGUUAAUGGUUGAUGGGGUUAUGUGAUAAUUGAUUAGAUCAUCCUUGUAACUUUACAGCAUAUGGUGGGCUUGAAAAGAAUUUACAUGGGUAACCUCUAAAUUUUCUGUACUUUAAUAUAUGCUGUGGAAGCCAAAUUAUACUGCAAAUUUGUAGGAGUUACUGGAUAACCAAUGGGUCCAUGCAUCUAUAAACCUAAUUAGUUGAAGUUGCAAUUUGAGAAAUGAAUUACCCUCUAUCUUUAUGUUCAGAUACUUUAAUUCCAUUUAAAAGCACUCAUUAAUCUUGGUUUGAAACCAAGAUACAGAUUGUUUGACUCCGCUUUAUUAUCUUCUAGGAUCUGUCACUGCGUAAGGUGUCAAGGACUGGAUUGUACUAUAGUGGGGCAUAGUGGCAUAGUGCUCAUCAUGCCACAGAUGUGACUAGAAAGCAUGAUAGUCUAGAGUUGGUUUGUAGGUUCCAAUAAUCCAGAAGGCAUACCUGAGAUGAGGCUGCUUGAGAAAAUGGAGUCAAAGAUUUAGGUGUCAAAAUCCCAGAGUAGCUGGGAGGAGUACUUGCUAGUGCAUAGAAAGAUUUGUUAUUCAGAAAUUUCUGAGCUUCCUGUUAGAAAAUUUUAGAGCCUACUCUUAGGAAAAUAGUGCCCCAAAAGGCUGAUGCUUCUUCCAUGACCUUAUUUCCUUUUCUUUACUCUCAUACUGUUUUAAAGUUUAGAUAUUCACAAGAAAUGGGUUUUUUCCCAGUAUAAACUUCAGAAUUUGAAAGAAGACACUAGUGUCUGUGAUUGUAGUUAUUUUCCUACUUGAAAGAACAGAAGUUACAAUUCACGAAGAGGCACAUCUCCAGCUGCCUUUCAAAAUUUGGUUAAAGAACAAGUUGGUUUAAGAAUUGGCUUUGACCAAAGUUUUCUCGUUUUCAGGGAAAGAACAAAAGCUUUUAAAACCACAGCCUUUUAAAAAGGAAGGAGGGGGGAAUAUUGCAGUGUGAAAUUUGACUUUGUAAAAGUGUAAAACAUCUUUCAACUGGGCUUUCUUGUGUUAGUCUAACCUCACAUGGUAAUGGGCAGGUUUACCUACGUUGUUAGCUUGCUUGCCCCCAAAGUGGGUAAUUAUAUGGGUAAGUGCCUACGCCCAUAAAAGUUUCCUGGUAAUAGCAAAGACCAACUUAUUGAGAAUCUAGUCCUAUUCUGUCCCUGUGGACCUCAAUGUCAUUGGAUAUACCUAAACCACUAUAACACUGGCCCACUUGAGAACAGAGUUGACUGCUGAAAUGUUUAUUAGUUCCUUGCUAACUUAUCAGUAGAAUCUGAGAGUCUGCAACAUGCCAUGUGUAAAUCCUUGGCUAGAUAGAGUAUUAAACUGAGCGCAAAAAUAGAAAUGAGCAACAUCUUGAUUCCCCUUUCUUUUUACCUGAUAGUGUUGACUGACACGCCAUAGUGCCUUUAAGGCCAAUUUGAGUCCUACCAGUUCCUGUGAUUUACGUUCCAGUCCUGUGUUGUUACUACCUUUCAUCUUGGUAUCUUCUUUUCCCCACUUUGUUAACCUACUUUAUGCUUUAUCUCCUCAAUAAAAUGCUUACUGAGGGUUGCUGGUUUUGGAUUUAUUGUGUAUUCCCACUUAGUACCAAAUAUUUGGUAAAUGAUUUUUCAACUAGAGUUGCCAGUUGGCAAGCCAUUCCUGACUUGAGUAUGAGGAAAAGGGCUUUUCAGUUCCUCAGAGACCUGUUUUAGGAUCGACAUAGUGGAUGGUUUAUCUUGAGCGAGUCGUUGUGCUUUAAUGUCAUCCAUGAAAUUGGCAAGGACAAGCCAUGAGUUGUGGAGAUUAAAGAUGAUGAUCAGGAAACCUGGCUGGCCCCAUCAGUGGAGCAUAGACUCUUGACCUUGGGGUUUAUGGCUUGAGCCCCAUGUUGGGUGUAGAGAUUAAAAUCUUUUUUUAAAAAUAGAGGUUAAUAUCAGGAACAUGUUGUCAUAUGACAUGUAAUAGCCAUAAUAAGUACUAUCUGCUGUUGUGAAGGAUUAACCAUAUGAAACUUUUUUGUAUUGUCUUGCUUUGUUUUCACAUAAAAUUUACCUGUUACCUUAAUAGUGGUUUGAGCAUUUUCUGUGACGUAUUUUUCAGGUAAACCAGGAAGCUUUAAUCACCUUUUCCAAAGUCCUUAACCUAAUUUCCUUAAUUUAGACUUGGAGCACUCUAAACUUUGGCAGUUUACAUUUAGGAAACCUCACAUUUUUAUUAUUUACCUUGUUUUCAGAAGGCAGUUUUCUGACUUUAUCCAAUUUCAGACCUAUGGCUGUUGGAUGUUUUGUUCUUAAGUUUUGACUUAAUUUUAAUUGCAAAAUUAAUAUAUACUUGGGAAUAUAAAGUAUCUUUCCUUUAGAGCUCUCAGGCUAAGGUAGCUGCCGUUAACAGUAUCUGUCACUGCCCAGAAUUAUUUGAUCAUAAAACCUAUUCUUCCCAAUAAGCUGUUAGUCCUUACCGUGAGUGGUGUUCUGCAGUUUGCUUUUACUAAGAUCUGCUAUUUUAAAUGGCUGACUAGUAUACUCCUGAGUGGAUAUAUAGUAAGCAUACUUGUUCAGUAUCCUCAUUGUUCUAUUUAAUCCCUUGGCUUGUGUAGCAGGAAUGAAAAAUACUAUUUUUAAUGUUCAAUAUCAAACGAUAAAGUUUUUUUUUACAUGGUUUGGUACCUACUAAUUACCAAUUUACACAUUAAAUUUUGAACUUUUUGAGGCAAUGACCACAUCUUGAAUAAGAUGGAUCUAUGUAUGUUUAACACCAGGUUUCCAUUUGCCAAAAGGAUGAGUUGAUGCAAUUGUGUAAUUGAUCUAGGUCCUCAAUAGCUUGUUUAGAUUUGCUUGGCUAGGUUACAGCAACCCUACAGAUGGGCCCUCAGUAUAGUACUUAAGUGAUUAGCCUUUUAUACUUGAAUAGAAAGGAGUCAAAAAUUGAGAGAUCUAAAAAGGUUAAGGUGGCAAAUUUCACCUUUGACCCCAUGGAAGAAGCCAGGAACACUAGUUUCUUGUGUAUCCUGGAGAUGUAAAUCUAAAAGAACUGGUAUUUCCCGGGUAGUCUCAUCAGAGCUCAUUGGAAUUUUGCAAAAGCAGGUGAUACUGAGUAUUACAGCUCAGACACUAGGAAGCUUAGUAAUUAAGUUUUUAUUUACUGUUGAUACUCGUUUAUACCCAUUUUCAAUAUCAUUUCUGAGGAAAUCAUGGAAUUAACAUGAAGAUUUAUUAGCAGAGGCAAGCUUUAAAUCCUGGUUCAGUUCCUAACAGCCCUAAAGGGUUAAAGAAAAACAAAAAACAAUGUCAGAUAAUUCCUCCUAGUGAAAAGCGCUCAGAUUAAGGAAGACUCAGAGAGUAGAGAAUGAAUAGACUUUUUAAGUAAUAAUUUUGAUAAACAGAAAAAUCUUGUACAAAAAACUGUAUACCUUUUUCCCAUCACUAAUUAUACUUUGUUUCAUUUACAAAAAUUUUUUUCCUGAAUCAUGAAAAUAGAGACAUAUUGCUGUUUUUUCCUUAAAAACUAAUUCCUAGGAAUGGGACAUUCUCUGUUAAACUAUAGUGCCUACCAAAAAUAACAUCAAUGAAGUACUGUUGUCUAAUCCAUGCUCCAUAGAUCUGUCUCAUUAGUUGACCACUAAUAAUUCUUUGUCUUUUUUUUCUAUUGGUUCAGGAUCAUUUGCCACGUUUUGUUGUCAUGGCUUUUCGGUCUCCUUUAAUCUGGACCAUGUCCUCAGCCUUUUUCUUGGCCUUGUCAUUUUUGAAAAGUAGAGGACAGUUAUUUGUAGAAUUGCCCUCAAUUUGGGUUUGUCUGCUGUCUCCUCAUUGCAUUUUUAGCAGGAAUAUCACAAGAAUGAGAUUAUCUUCAGCUCAUCAUGUCCAGUCAUCUUGUAAUAACCUGUAAGGCAGUACUUCCUGUGAAUAGACUGUCUUAUAAAUAAAGUUAACAAAAGGGGUUUUUGUUUUUAGGAAGAGAAGGAGCUAAUAUUCAAGUUUAAGAGCUGCUGAAGGGGAGAGCUUGGAUAGCAUCAGAGAGUACACCAUUACCACUGAAAGCUGGAGUGUGGUUCUCCUAGCCCAGGGCCAAAAAGGGAGCAGGAGGCUACUUUAAAUAGAGGAGAGAUUAAUAGAUUCCAUAGAAAAUAAGCUAUGUUCUCUUGUGUAAAACCAUGCCCUCUAGUAUUGUUGUGGGGGUAAAUGCUGUUAUCAAAGCAUUGGCACAGUCACUCCAUGGACUAAAAUAUUGUGUAGUCAAACCCUAAUACUUUCUUUCCUAGCCAAUUGAGGAAAAGGUAGGCAAAGCACAGUUGCUGAUUAUGGUGCCCAAGUAUCUGAUUAAGUGACCACUGCUACCUUUUAGCUAUUCAUGAACAGCCUUGAGUAUACUAUUUAAAUAUCUUGCUGUUACUUUGAUUUUAUGAGCUUGCAAGCACCAGUUAGAGAAUAGUAUGGUGAACCAACUCCUGAAUACUUAAUUCAGCUUUAACAAUGUAUGUUUGUCCAUUUCCUCCAGAUAAUUUUGAAGGAAAUCCUAGAUACUCCAGCUGAAGACCGUUCACUAUAUACGACUAAAAGACCUAAGUCUCUUUGUUCUCUUGUCCCUUGCAGUAUAUUUUUUGAAGGCCACUAUUGAGUAGUUUUUCAGUCUUGAUUUUGCUGAUUGCAUGCUAAUGAUAUUUAGCAUGUUCUAGACUAGAUCUAAGAACAAUAUGAUGGGUCUCAAAGUGUGCCUGGCCCAGUAACAUCAGCAUCAUAUGGGAAUUUGUUAAAAACAGAGUUUCUCAAGCCCCACCCUAGAAUCAGAAACUAAGUGGAGUCCAGCCAUAGGUGUUACAAUAAGCCUUCCAAGUGAUUCUGGUGCUUAUUCAAACUUGAGACCCAUUAUUCUAGAGGUUUUAUCAGAUUCUGUUUUGUUUUCCUUCCCAAAACUACUUGGGUAUCUUUUUGUCAUUGGCAGCCAUUGAUGAUCUUUUCCUGAAUCUAUUAUUAAACCCACAAACCAUGAUUUUACAUGCCUUUUUUUUUUUUUUUUUUUUUUUUAAUCCAUUGGAGUUCUCCUUAUUGAUGUUGCCUUGUUCUGUCUUUGGUUCAUGUAAGUCAACUCAGGUUGCCUCAUGAGUUCAUUUGAAGCAACCCUAAUAAUCUUUAUCAGUUUCUUUUCUUUCUAAUAUGAUAAGAUUUCCAGGCUCCUCUCUCUAAUCUCAGAUCUGGAGGCAGCCAUUUCUCCAGUGAGCUCUGGUUAUCUUUAUUUGGAAAUGGUAUUUUGUGAGUAUAGUCUGGACUUUUGGGUGUUCAUUGUUACUAGUUGGAUCUUUCUCAGGCCCCACAGAUCAUAGUACUGUCUGCUCUUGGGAAGGUCUUCUGCAGGCUAAACAUCCACUCAGCCCUUUUCAGUUCAUCAGUUUUGAAUUUGGUUUGUCACUAUCCUUACAGAAUGGGUCCCACUAGUAGCAACAGCACUCUAGGUUUGCUUUAACCUCCUCAGAGCAAAGCAAGUAGUAUGUGGACUCCCUGCCUUAAUAGAUGUUCAGCUGAAUUCUGGGCCAGUUCUGGCAAAGGAGUGAGGAAACUUUAGUAUUCCUGCAGAAUCUCUUCACCUUCAGAGAAGGGUUUAAAGUAAUAAUGUGUCCUCUUGUUCUGGGUGAUAGGAGUAGAGGGAGAAGGAAAUUCAGAGCCUAAAUUUCAGUGUGAUUGUAGCAUACACAGCAGCAUUAUAAUUGGGAUGCACAAAUAAGAUCUUAAAUUACAGCUUGUAUCCACCUUUGCUAUAGAUGACAUUCCGUUGCGGACCCAGCAGGAACCCAAGCCUGGAUAGCUGUGGCUGUGAUUAUAGUAAGAUGAUCAGUAUGAUACCCGAGUCAUAAUAGUCUAAACUCACAUUCAGUAAAUACUUCUUAAAGGCCUUGCCAGAUUCUUUUAUAGGUGUGUGUGUGUGUGUGUGUGUGUGUGUGUAUGUAUAUAUCCCCAUCCUCCCUUAAUGAGCAGAGUACCUGCUGUCCUUUGAUUUUGACCAGUGGAAUUUUGGUAGGCAUGACAUGUUUAGUAGACUAGAUACUGCCCUCCCCUUCCCCAAAGAUGCCUGUCUUCUAACCCUGUAACUUGUGAAUAUGUUACCUAACAUGGUAAAAGGAACUUUGUAGGUGUGACUAAAUUAAGGUCUGGAAAUGGGAAGCUUAUCCUGGAUUAUCCCAAGCGGGCUCAGUGUAAUCACAAUAGGCUGGAAGGUAAAAGGACCAGAAAAAGCUGAUGCGAAAACAAGCAAAAUCAGACACCAGAAGAUGCUACGCUGUUGCUUUGAAAACAGAAGGAACCUCAAGACAAGAAAACAGUUCUCUAAAGCCUCUGGAGGGAGUACAGCCCUGCCCACAGCUUAACCUUGUGAAGGUCCUCUCCAGGCUAAACAUCCCCUCAAUCCAUUUGGACUAAUGAAACCCAUUUUGGACUUCAGAGCUCCACAACUGCAAGGUAAUAAAUUUUUGUUUUAAUAAGUCACCAAAUUUAUGGUAAUUAGUUACUGUAGCUACAGGAAACAUACAACAUGACUAAAGGCUUAAAUGCUUACACAAAUGGACUUGGUCUUUUGCAUCUCUACCAUCACUAUGAGAAUAAUAUCCCUCUGUCAGCCUGCUGGUCCUAGGAUAUGAGACAGGUGUCAGGGGGUAAGGGAAGGUACCUGUUAGCCUCAAGCCUACAGCUUGAGACCGCCCAGCCUAAAUCCACCAACCUGUGUACGAAGAAGAAAAACUUAAGGGGUUAGUAAUUUCAUUUUGCCUGAACAAAUAGACACUUUCCAUUUGGCCCUCCCACACCACCACGCCUCCAUUCUCUGUUCUGAGCCCCAGGAAGUUAAUCUCUAUUGGCUCCGUCCACAUACUCUUUUGCCCUCUGAUUUCUGAUUAGGUUCAGCCAUUAGGGAAAAGCAGUAGGAAAGGAGAGAGAGCGAAAAGAUUGAGAUUGAAACAUCUAUUUCCACAGCCUCCUCUCUGUAGGGUUCAGGCUGGUGGUAGUCCUCAUCUGAAGGGCAUAGUGUGCUACAUAUGGCCCUCUUGUUCUGAGUCCUGGUAACCACAGUCUCCCCUUUCUUUCCUAGCCCCAAUGGUUUUACUCUAACAAUUGUGAUUUUCCAACAACCUGCCCAUCCCUUUAAAAAUAGAUCCUUUGUUAAAUUGUCUUCAGAUUUACUCAGUUGGAGUGUGUGCCAUGUUACUUAACAGAUAACAAAUAUUUCGUAUUUCAAUAAAGCAUAAAACCUUACACUAACUUGAUGUUGCUAAAUAAAGCAAAGUUGAAAGGUUGACUUUUUUCAUUUCCUGUCCAAAGCCAGGGAGAGGUUCUUGAGUUAAGUACACCAAGGAACUUUAUUUUUGCCUCUCAGUAGGUAAGCUUUUCUAAGGGAGAUGCCCACCUACUCUGCCACCCCCAUACCUGGCCAACACUGUCCAAGUAGCUGGUUUGUACCAGAAAGCCAAUGUGUUCCUUGAGUGGAAGAAGGGAGAUUGGAAGGUAAGUUCCAACCUCAUCCAAACAGCUGAUUGUGGGAUAUGACGUGCUAUGGACUGAAUGUUUAUAUCUCUCCCAAAUUCAUGUAGAAACAUCCCCAAUGUGAUGAUAUUUGGAGGUAUGGAUUCUGGGAGGUAAUUAGGUCAUGAAGGUGGCGCCCUCAUGAUUAGAAUUAGCACCCAUAUAAAAGAUCCCUUGCUCCUCCUGCCGUGUGAGGACAGAGCAGGGAGAUGACUGUUGGUGAAGCCAGGAAGCAGGCCUUCACUAGACAUGAAAUCUGCCAAUGCCUUGAUCUUGGAUUUUCUAGCCUCCAGAACUGUGAGAAAUAAGCUUUUUUUGUAAGUCACCUAGUAUAGUCUGUGGUGUUCUGUCAUAGCCUAAAUGGAGGUAUCUGAUAAAUGACAUCAGAAGAUGUCCUGGAGCAGAUAGAGUCAGAGUAAAGCAAAAUAAUGGCGUGUAUAGACUUCGGUUCUUGGUCCACCUUCCUAAGUGGUGUUUGUCCCCUUGACAAGGUAAAUUCCUUGGGGAGAAAAAUCCUUGGUACUGGGAAAUAAAACCCCUUGAGACCCAGUGAGACCCAAUUUGGGCUUUGAUCAUUUGUGUUGUUUUAAACCACCAAUUUGUUCCUUGAUAGAAAAUGAAUAUGGCUUGGUUAGCUGAUUCUUUUUUUGUUGGGUUCCUCAGGGUCAUCAUAAGACAAAUUGUUGAGAACAAGGUUCAGAUAUUUACAGCGUGAGGGUAAAGGAAAUGAAAUAGCUGAAGCUCUGGGCUUCACUGAAACAAGUUUUUUCCUAGCGGUUACAAAUAGAAGCUUCAGUUCCCAAACCCAAAUAUAAAUUUUGUCAACGUCUGAAGUUUUGGGUAAUAAAAACCCAUGCUCUGGUGGAAGCAGGACCUGAAGCUAAUCAUAUUUGGAAACUUGUGUCUCCCCUGCCUUUCCCACUAUGGAGCCCACAAUUACAUUGUCUGGAGAUGUGGUCUUUUCAUGCGUUUUUCAGUACCUCCUCCCGGUAUCACCUGGACCUAAGAUCCCAUCUCCUGCCACGAAGUGUGUGAUGAAACCCCAGUCCUUAGCAGCUGGUCCCUGUCUAUCCAAUAACAGCCUCCAGGACAAGAAGGACACCAGGCCACCCCUUCCUUAUUGCUCUGUUUCCCUCUUGUUUUUGACUCCUGUUCGUUCCCCUUAUUGCAAAUUCAACCAUGAAUUCACUCUUCUUCCUCCUUUGCUGGUUUCCUUUUUUUCUUGUAAUAUUUUACCUAGGAUUUUGGCAUGUUUAUGCUAGAAAGGGCUUCCUGUUAGUAAAAUCUUCUGUCAGAACCAGAGAUGUUUGCACACUUACAUAAAGGGCAUGUUUUAAUGAUUUUCCUAAAACACAGUGACUGCACCAAGAGGGAACUAAAUUUUGUAGGAACAGAAAGUUGUUGGCUGCUCACAACAGUUUUCUCCAUGCUUCUACUAUCAACAUUUCAAUCAAAUUUGGGUCCACUGGGGUGGAAGGUUAACUUGGAGAAGACCUUGGGGCUAUUAACAUAUAGAAGGGGGGCGUCACUUGAGGGAAAGAUUGGACUAGCUCACUUGCUUUUGAGGGCAUUCUGGCGUAGCACAACAAACGCUGGCUCUGUGAGAGAACCUUCCCCAAAUCACAUCAACUUGGGAGGAGAUCUGCAUCCCCGAAGGUGUUCAAGCAAGCAAGACCACCAAAAGUAUCUGGACCAACCAAAUACUGGUAAUGGGCAGAAUAAUGUCUUAGCAACUCCUGUUCGUUCCUGCAUCCUGCUGGCUCAGAUUCCACUUGUCUGUCUGAAUCACUGUCUGAAAGAUGCAUUUGUAAUUGAGAAGCCAUGUGUUUGUGUAGUUCCACCACUUUCUUGUAAUCUGAAUACCUAAAAUAAACCUUUUGGAAAAUCUAGAACAAGCAGUCUGGGUAGAGAUGAGAGAAAAAAAGAGCGGAUGGUUGUGUGUGUAUUGGUGUGUAUAAAGAGACUUACAUUGUUAUGGCAACCAGCAUCCUCAACUGAUGCAGUUCUGUUCCCAAUAAUAUGAGAUGUGAUUAAAAAUUGACAUUGCAGCAAGGAAGAACACAUGUAAUGCGUUGGCGUGGCAACCAGAAUAAAGUCUGGUUUAUUUAAACCAGGUUUAAAUCUGAUGAUCACAAUUUGGGGAAUUUGCCUACAAUUAAUUAGGAAUCUUUUUCUCAUUGGGACCAAGUCAGGAGGCUGGAGGUCUGACUGUGGUCAUGAUCUUAGUAGGCCAAAUGGACAGCAGUGUCCUUUUUCUGUAAAAUGAGGGAUUCGGUUAAAUCCUUUGGUAUAGGAGAGGAGCCCCCGGCUCUAGGCUGGACCAAGAGUUGCCCUGUUUUCAUCUGCAUGCAGUAUGUUAUUAACAUCCACUUUCCAGUUAGAUCCAGGGAACUGAAGCACAGGGAAGCAGUGACUUGCUCAAGGUAACACCAAAACAGGAACUAUAUGCCAUGAAGUAGGUUAGUCUUUACAAAUGGAGAAAUUAGUGCCAGGAUUAAAUGAUGUCCUCCAGGUCACACUAGCAGCCGUGGCAACAGGGUUAUCCAAAUGCAGGUUUGGUCAGUGCCGCCCUUUACGCCAGGCAGGGUCAGAAUUGGAACCCACGCCCCCCUAGGCCUCUUCCUCUGGUCGCACGCCCUUUCACCCAUUGUGAGGCCGUUGUCUGACCCUCCUUGGCUCCCCUUCUCCAGGUUGGGGGGUGGGGCGGUGCGGUAGGAGGGCGUUGGACACCGCAGCGCCCUAGCCGGGAUGCGUGCGGGAGUGCAACCCCGUCUUUUGUCACUGGCCACUCCGCUAGGGCCCAGCAGGUCGCUCUCCGGCUCGGCGGGUCCCGCGCCCCCUGCACACCGUUGGCCGAGAUGCGGAGGGUUGGGGGGGGCAGGAUGAAUCUCCACCAAGAAGGCGUGGGGAGAGGCCACUAGGGCCACGCGGCCGGGCCCGCGCCCCCUGCUCCCACUCGGCGCUCGCCCCGCGUCCUGCAGGGAGGCGGGCCCGCCCCUUCUGCGCGCAGGCGCGCGCCGCGUGGGGCUCGGACGGCGGCUCGGCACCGGGCGGCCACGGGCGGGCCUCGCAGCUUGUAGGCCUACCAGGAUGGAGGGGAAUGCCGAAAUGGAGAUGCUGAGGACACUGAAGGGGCCCUCCACAGGAGAGGUCAACGUGCACCUGGUGGCCAGAGACAGCUCAGGUUCUGGCUCUCACCUGCCCACUACUGCCUUCAUCAUCCCAGCCAGCUCGGCCACCCUUGGCCUGCCCAGCAGUGCCCUAGACGUGUCCUGUUUUCCGCGGGAACCGAUCCAUGUGGGCGCUCCGGAGCGAGUGGCGGGCAGUGUACCUGUCACGGCCACCGUUCUGCCGCAGUUAAGCGCCGGGCCUGUGGCCAGCUCCAGCGCCACCACAGUGCGGCUCCUGGAGUGGACGGAGGCUGCGGCCCCGCCUCCUGGGAGCGGCCUGCGGUUCCGGAUAAGCGAGUACGCACCGCUGAACAUGGUAGGAGCAGAGCAGCCCCCGAGCCCAGAGCUGCGGCCAGAAGGUGUGGCCGAGUAUGAAGAUGGCGAGGCCCCGGCGGGAGGUGGCGAUGCGGGCACCCAACAGCCCGCGGACCUCCCCCAGGACCCUCCAGAAGAUCCCCCGCAGGACCCCCCAGAAGAUGAUGGGAAUUGUCAGUGCCAGGAGUGUGGACCUCAGCAAAGCGCAGGUCCGGAUCCUGGUUCUUCCAAUGAUGACUGCCCACCGCUGUUCCAAGAGCGGUCAGUCAUAGUGGAGAACUCCGGCCAGAGCUCCAGCACCAGCGCUUCUGAACUCCUCAAACCCAUGAAGAAGAGGAAGCGCAGGGAAUACCACAGCCCAUCAGAGGAGGAGUCGGAGCCAGAGGCCUUGGAGAAGCAAGAAGAAGGAAAGGAUCCAGAGGGACAGCCCGCUGCUAGCACCCCGGAAAGUGAGGAGUGGAACAGCAGCCAGCCUGCAUCAGGGGAGAAGAAGGAAGGCUGGUCGUGGGAGCCCUACCUGGAGGAGCAGAAGGCUGUCACCGCCCCUGUCAGCCUCUUCCAGGACUACCAGGCGGUCACUCAUAAUAAGAAUGGCUUCAGACUGGGCAUGAAGUUGGAAGGCAUCGACCCUCAACACCCGUCCAUGUACUUCAUCCUCACAGUGGCUGAGGUGUGUGGCUACCGCCUACGUCUACACUUCGAUGGGUAUUCCGAGUGCCAUGACUUCUGGAUCAAUGCCAACUCCCCUGACAUUCAUCCCGCUGGCUGGUUUGAGAAGACUGGGCACAAACUGCAGCCCCCCAAAGGUUACAAGGAGGAGGAGUUCAGCUGGAGCCAGUACCUGCGCAGCACAAGAGCUCAGGCCGCCCCCAAGCACCUGUUUGUGAACCAGAGCCACGUGAGUGGCCCCGAGCAAAGUCCCCCACCCCUGGGCUUCCAGGUGGGCAUGAAGCUAGAAGCUGUUGACCGCAUGAAUCCGUCCCUUGUCUGUGUGGCCAGUGUGACCGACGUGGUGGACAGCCGCUUCCUGGUGCACUUUGACAACUGGGAUGAUACUUACGACUACUGGUGUGAUCCCAGCAGCCCCUACAUCCACCCGGUGGGCUGGUGCCAGAAGCAAGGAAAGCCCCUCACCCCUCCACAAGACUACCCAGACCCUGACAGCUUCUGUUGGGAGAAAUAUCUGGAAGAAACCGGGGCCUCUGCUGUGCCUACCUGGGCCUUCAAGGUGCGACCCCCACACAGCUUCCUGGUCAACAUGAAGCUGGAGGCCGUGGACCGCAGGAACCCAGCCCUGAUUCGUGUGGCCAGCGUGGAGGAUGUGGAGGACCAUCGGAUAAAGCUCCACUUUGAUGGCUGGAGUCACGCCUAUGACUUCUGGAUUGACGCUGACCAUCCCGACAUCCACCCUGCAGGCUGGUGCUCCAAGACAGGGCAUCCUCUGCAGCCUCCUCUCCGACCCAGAGAGCCCAGCUCUGCCUCCCCUGGGGGCUGUCCCCCUCUCAGCUAUCGGAGCCUGCCACACACCAGGACCUCCAAGUACAACUUUCACCACCGGAAGUGCCCCACUCCUGGUUGUGAUGGUUCUGGUCACGUCACAGGCAAGUUCACAGCUCACCAUUGCCUCUCAGGCUGCCCACUGGCUGAGAGGAACCAGAAUCGGCUGAAGGCGGAGCUGUCCGACACAGAGGCCUCGGCCCGUAAGAGGAACCUCUCAGGCUUCUCCCUAAGGAAGAAGCCUCGCCAUCAUGGCCGGAUUGGACGCCCUCCAAAGUAUCGGAAGAUCCCGCAAGAAGAUUUCCCAACACUGGCUCCCGACGCCAUGCACCAGUCCCUCUUCACGUCAGCCCUGUCGGCCCGCCCUGACCGCUCGCUGUCGGUGUGCUGGGAGCAGCACUGCAAGCUCCUGCCGGGAGUGGCAGGCAUCUCAGCCUCAGCAGUUGCCAAGUGGACCAUUGACGAGGUCUUCAGCUUCGUUCAGACCCUGACUGGCUGUGAGGACCAGGCACGACUCUUCAAAGAUGAGGCGGACAUUGUGAAGAUCAUGAGCGUCAAGCUGGGCCCAGCCUUGAAGAUCUAUAACGCCAUUCUCAUGUUCAAAAACGCCGAUGACACCUUAAAGUGAGUGGCUCAGGGCUGGGCUCUCCUCCAGCCUGAGCUGGGCCUCCCUCUGCAGCUGAUGCUUCCUUCCUGACUUGAGUUCCUCAUAUCCACCCCACCCCCUACUCCCAACACCCUCUACAUCUUACCAGGGGUCCUCCUUCUCUCCGGGGCUGCUUCCUACAAGGUACGUGGGAGCAGAGGAGCCCUGGGGAAUUUGGAGUCCUGGCUCCCGCGUCCUGGGGCUCAUCUGCCACCAGGCACACCAGUGAAAGUGUGACCGGGCUGGAGGAGCAUUACCAAUGGAACGAACUGGAGGUGCCCUGCCUAUGGCAGCCCCACACCUCCAGCUGACUUGUUUUAUCACCAAAGGGUCUUUUUCUUAGCCGUUAAGGACAAUCUGGUAGAAUGGGAGGCUUCCCGUCAGAGGCUCAUUUCUCUUUGGCAUCUCUCCAUGCUUUUCUUUCCUUGGCUCCUACCCAGAAGUGACCCUGCCACACACAUCUUUACUCACUCUGCUGUCUGGUUUUCCGGGGCAGGGCCCAUGCCAUCACCCACUCAGACCACUGGCUCUUCCCUCUUGGAUGGGUGAGCCUCAUAAGCAUGUUUUCAUAGGCCCACUGGGAGUUUCUGGCUGCCUUUCUCCCUUUUACCCACAAGUGGGGGAUUCCAAGCCAAGAUGCCUUUGUAAGCAUGCCCAGUUCUGGAUCGGCUAGCAUUUUAGUGGCCCACGCCAAGUCCUGUUUCUAGCAGAAUAGGUGAUUAGAGCCUGUUUUACCUCUGCAGAAAAGGUCAAGGCUCCACGGAUGUUCCCCAUAUACCCUUCCUCUAUCAGGUGUGGGGAAGAGGCAGCUCAAGGGUAUGUCAGACAAUCUCGGGUCUUUGGUCAGAGGGAAAGCUCCAGCAGGCAUGAUGGUCCCCAAAGCUGGGCAUAGCGUCCUUCCCUGCAGCCAUGCAUUUCAGCCAAGACAUUGCCCAUGGGGUGAGGGCCCCACACCUGCCAGGCCUCCGGCUGUGGGAAUAUGCCACUAUGUCUAGCACACAUACCUCAUGACAUCACAUUCGACCUGUCCCUUAAAUGUCUUGCUUUUGCGGAGUCUUACAAAGCCCACUUGCACCUUGAGAAGGCGAAUUCCUCUAGCUUUGAAUUCUCUGUGGCCCCUACCUUUCGUACCACCCUCCGUCUGUCCUGCACUGCCAGCCAGGAGCCUGCUGGGGCUCUGGGACUUAGACCUUUCUGUCCAAGUCGGGGCCUAGCCUCCACCGAGCCACUGCCAGACCAGCCGGGGUGGGGCAGAGGCAGAGAGCCCGGCGGGAGCUGGCCCUACACAGAGGUGAGGAGCAACCACCACACUUCUGUGGCCCCAGGUGCUGAGAUGGGCCCGUGGGGUGCAGAGCCAGGCCGCUUCCCUCAGUCACAUGGUGUGUGUGCACCUAGGGCACCCUUGGGAGUGUUUGACAGGUGCAGCUAUGAGGCUCGAUGCUGGGAAAAUGUCAAGGGCUAUUAUUGUUAAAAUAUGAAGCUUUAUCUUCCCCACAGAAGUGGGACACUCAAAGCUCUGUUGAUUUCCUGCCACAGUCCAGUAGGAGACCCUCUCUUUCGUGGGGUCACACAGCUUUGCCAGCACAGCCAUUCAGCCACCCAGCUGAACUCCCACCUGACUUCAGACGUUCCUUCCC